CUUGCUAGACGUACAGUACUGGGGUCCCGCCGGUUCUCCAAAGGCCAUGGAUCAGAAAACAGAGGAGGAGCAGCCUUUAACUGUGUCUAACCAGUACCCUAAAGAAGCAGUGAGGAAGCGUCAGAAUUCAGGCCGAGGCUCCAGGGGCAGUGAUUCUUCCAGGACCUCCAGGAAAAGCUUCAGGCUGGACUACAGAUUAGAAGAGGAUGUAACUAAAUCAAAGAGAGGCAAAGAUGGGAGGUUUGUCAAUCCAUGGCCAACAUGGAAAUCGCCAACCUUGCCAAAUAUUUUGAAAUGGUCCCUCAUGGAGAAGAAUAACAGCAAUGUGCCAUGCUCAAAGCAGGAACUUGACAAAGAGCUUCCAGUGCUAAAACCUUACUUUGUUCAAAAGCCCGAACUUGCUGGGAAGACAGGAACUGGUCUACGAGUGACAUGGCUGGGCCAUGCCUCAGUGCUGGUGGAAAUGGAUGAACUUAUUUUUCUUACUGACCCCAUCUUCAGCCAGCGAGCUUCCCCCACACAGCUGCUGGGGCCCAAGCGCUUCCGAGGCCCACCAUGCUCAGUGGAGGAGCUGCCCAGGAUUGAUGCAGUGGUGAUCAGCCACAGCCAUUAUGAUCACCUGGACCACAGCACUGUGAUGAGCCUGAACCAGCGCUUCGGCAGUGAGCUGCGCUGGUUCGUGCCCCUGGGGCUCCUGAGCUGGAUGCAGAGGUGUGGCUGUGAGAAUGUGAUUGAGCUGGACUGGUGGGAGGAGAACUGCGUCCCUGGGCAUGACGCCGUCACCUUUGUCUUCACCCCUUCUCAACACUGGUGUAAAAGGACUGCCACAGAUGACAAUAAGGUUCUCUGGGGCAGUUGGUCUAUCCUGGGCCCCUGGAACAGAUUCUUCUUUUCAGGAGAUACUGGAUACUGUGUUGCUUUUGAACAGAUAGGUAAAAGGUUUGGACCUUUUGAUCUUGCAGCCAUCCCCAUUGGAGCUUAUGAGCCAAGGUGGUUUAUGAAAUACCAGCACGUGGAUCCUGAAGAAGCAGUAAGAAUCCAUAUUGAUGUUCAGGCCAAGAAGUCUGUAGCAAUUCACUGGGGGACCUUUGCUUUAGCAAAUGAGUAUUACUUGGAUCCUCCAGUUAAAUUGAAUGAAGCUCUUGAACUAUAUGGCUUAAAAAAAGAAGACUUCUUUGUCUUAAACCACGGAGAAUCACGGGACUUGAGUACAAAUGAUGGGUUUGAAUAGUAGCAGAGCAGGAGCAGAUCCUUGCAAGCCCUAUUUGAUUUGAACUAACAAUUAAUGUUACAAAUAUUAAUUAUGAUGUACUUACAAAGCAGAUUUUUUGGAGUGAAAUGGUUUUUUAGAUGCUAAGCUUGCCAGCUUCAGAACUAAAACUUGUAUACAAGUUUUGUGAUAAAUUUUACUAAUUCUUUUGGUUAGCGUUUUUGAGAGGUGAUCUAAAACCUGGUUAAUAUCUAAGUAUUGCCUGGGAAUAACUCUUAUGUACCCCACUGAUAACUACUGGGUCUUUUUGAAACUCUUCAUCGCACCUGCAGCAGCAAUAAUGACCUCAGCCCAGGCCAUACUCCUGCAGUUAAUGGCUGACUUGAAUUGGUCAUUGUUAGAAUGUCACCUCUUACCUGUUAGUCAUCGAUCCUCAGGUUUCGCCUUGUGUACCUUCAUACCUUCACAGGAUGGUUUGUGGGGUGGAGUCUUCCAAUACAGCUGUGUUGUUAAAGCACAAGCACAGUAGUGAUUUUACUGAGUGCUUCUACAUUUUCAUAUAUUGAUGAACCACAAAAGCUGCAUUUUCCAAUGAUCUAAUGCAAUGUGCCUUUUAAAGAGAGAGAUGAAUUACUGCUGCAGCACUGAUGUGUCAAACUUAUUGCUGGCCAGAGCGUCUGUGCACUUUCAUUGUUUUGUGUUUGUAAAGCUAGGCCUGAACGUGUCCUAAAGAACUUUCUUGUCAAAUGCAGUCAUUGAGAUGAAAGGAUCUCUUAAUAGUGCGUGUCUCUGCAUUGACUCAGCCUGUUGAUAAUUUGGGUUUGGGUUUGUUUCCUUUUAGUGAAAAGUAAGGGCUGUGCUCUUUUUCCUUGUAGCUUCCAUAUAAUUUUAAAAUCCAAGGAGAGCUCCCAGGGUUGUUGUGAAAUCUGGCUACAUGUAUCUGUAUCAAAUUGCCAUGAUAACGGACAGAAUUAAAGCUGUCAUU